CCCGUGGAGGAUCUGAGUCCCGAGCACGUCCUGGACAUGCAGACGGAUUCCCGCCUCCACAUCAUCUUCGGGGGAACAAAAGUGGUGCAGCACAUCCCGCCCCAGAAAGCCAGCACAGGGCUGAAACCCGUCGAUAACGGGUGCGUGGCGUACGCUCUGAGGACGGGCUUCAACACGUCCCAGGGGAAAUUGCUCCGUACAAUCCUCUUUGGGGUGAAGAGAGUGACAGCCAAUAACUUAGAGACCUUCAUUUUCAUCCUGUUCCUGCUGGUCUUUGCCAUUGCUGCUGCAGCGUACGUCUGGAUCGAAGGCACCAAGGAUCCCAGCAGGAACCGCUACAAGCUCUUCCUGGAGUGCACUUUGAUACUGACCUCGGUGGUUCCGCCGGAGCUUCCCAUUGAGCUCUCUCUGGCUGUCAACACCUCGCUCAUCGCCUUGGCCAAGCUCUACGUGUACUGCACGGAGCCCUUCCGCAUCCCCUUCGCAGGCAAGGUGCAGGUUUGCUGUUUUGACAAAACUGGCACGUUAACCAGCGAUCACCUCGUCGUGAGAGGAGUCGCUGGGCUCAGGGAUGGGAAGGAGGUGACGCCGGUGUCCGACAUCCCCGUCGAGACCCACCGGGCGAUUGCCACUUGCCACUCGCUCGUCCAGCUGGACGAUGGGACGCUGGUGGGCGAUCCGCUGGAGAAGGCGAUGCUGAUGGCCGUGGACUGGACCCUGACCAAAGAUGAGAAAGUUUUCCCCAGAAGUAUUAAAACUCAGGGACUGAAAAUUCACCAGCGCUUUCAUUUUGCCAGUGCCCUGAAAAGAAUGUCUGUCUUGGCGUCCUACGAGAAGAUUGGCUCGACCGAUCUCUGUUACAUUGCAGCUGUGAAAGGGGCCCCAGAGACUCUGCACAAAAUGUUGUCUCAGUGCCCAAGCAACUAUCACGCUGUCCACACGGAAAUUUCACACGAGGGGGCGAGAGUGCUGGCCCUGGGCUACAAAGAGCUGGGGCACCUCACGCACCAGCAGGUGCGCGAGGUGAAGCGUGAGGCUCUGGAGUGUGAUCUGAGGUUUGUUGGGUUCAUGGUGGUUUCCUGUCCUCUCAAAGCCGACUCCAAAUCCAUCAUCAGGGAGAUCCAGAACGCGUCGCACCACGUAGUGAUGAUAACAGGAGACAAUCCUCUCACCGCCUGCCACGUGGCCCGGGAGCUACACUUCCUCCAGAGGGAGCACACCCUCAUCCUGCAGCCUCCUGCGAGCGAAG